AUGUUUCCCCAAUUCCUUCUCUCUUUAUUCCUCUACUUUGCCGCAGUCAACUCCAAAUCCCGGCGUUCUCUUUUCAGUCCAAUCACCAAGAAUCUGGAUGCCAAAAGAGUGGUCAGAAUAACAUCGUUGACCGAGGCCGGACCCCAGUUCUGCACUGGGGUCCUCUUGUCCGAGUACGUCGUUCUCACGGCGGCCCAUUGUAUUUUCAAUGAGGAGCUUGGCAAAGAGUAAGGUUUUAAUCAAAUUUAAUUUACCUACGAGGGAAGUGCCCCAAGUGCGACGCUCAGAUUCUUCAUUUUGUACACACAUCGUGCAUGCCACAUAUCAAAUCUUGAAAAUUUUUGCUUUGCAGGGACAGCCAAGAUAUUCAAUGAUCUUUGUGGCCGCGGGAGGGCGCGAAACUCGGCAAGCGGUCAGCGUUAGAUACACUUUUUCUCCACGUACAGUUUCGUACAGAAAAAAGUUUUUUGUGUAACUAUUACCCUCUAUGGUAGAAAUAGGCAUGAAACUUUAGAGAACUUUAGAAAUUCGCCGAAAAGCGCAGAAUUUCUGGCAACUUUGAACCUCAAAACCUCUUUCGUUUCUACAGGGUGUCCAGAGAAAUUCCGCGGAAAGUUUUUGUCGAUUUCUCGGCGCUCAGGCAAGAUAUCCAAAAAAUUCUUUUUUCAUUAGAAAGAAGAAUAUGGGCGGUUUUUUCUUUAAAAAAGUUUUUUUGAACGCCGGCGCGGAACGUACUGUAUUGGGCGGAGACUUUUGAUCGCGUUUUUGGUCAUCACACCAAUCUUAAACGCUUUAUUAUGAUCCUGAAACUAUCGGGAAGCCUUCAGUUUUUUCCACAAAGGAUCAGGGGACCGACGACAACGCUAUGCAAUCGCAUUUAGCAACUGCACCGCACUGUGUAGUUGCGUCAACAGCGAUAAAGUCCGACCGCACCGUGCGGAGGUUUGAAACAGCGGGGCAAAGCGAAGCUUAAACAAAAAAUAUUUUGUUGUUUUCUGGUUCACCAAGUGGUUUGCUAGUGGCUAAAUUGCUGCCAAGGCUUGGCGACAAAAUUUUGGAGAGCAUAUGGGAUCAGUAGAGAAUGCUGGCCACAUAAUGUUUUAAGACAUCUCCUAUCCGAAGCUGAGUUCUGGCCUCCGUCGAUAUGGAAAGCUCGCCAUUUCAUUGCCGAAUGUUUGGUAAACAUAAAAAUAAGAUAACAUUCUCUUUUUAACAAUCAGAAGUCGUACUGAAGCUUUUAAGAUUGGUGUGAUGACCAAAAAAGCUACCAAAAGGUCCGCCAAAUACAGUAUGUUCCGCGUCGGCGGACAAAAAAGCUUUUUUAGACAAAAAACCGCCCAUAUUCUUCUUUCUAAUGCAAAAAGAAUUUUUUGGAUAUCUUGCCUGAGCGCCGAGAAAUCGACAAAAACUUUCCGCGGAAUUUCUCUGGACACCCUGUACAGUCGAACCUCGAUUAUUACUUCAUUAGUGUACAUACGAACCCUCACCAAAUGAUAAGUGAAAUAUGUCAUUGAAGAGCCCUUGAAAAGUGAUUCAGGGCAUCAUUUUCGUUUUUUGCAGAAUGCCUUUCCGCGACGACAUACUGUAAAUUGUAUUAUUUUUAGGUCAUUUUGCAACAAAAAUCUUUCUUUCUGGGGCAGGAAAAAAUCAUCGGAGAGGGUUGCUUUUAAAGUGGUUGCUGAGCCGGCUGGUAAGCCAAACCAAGCCAGGUUCAGUUCCCAGCUUGGGGAAAAUCAUUUUUGCGUUCUUACAGUUAGGAAAAUAUUUGCGUUAAAGUUUUACAAAUGCUUUAUUUUUCUGGAAGACGGCCGAUUACGGUUAAAACCAUCAAACCUACAUGUUUUUAAAGAUUAAAAAAAGUGGAAAGUGUUUUUUCACCUUAUGGGUACUUAAAACCAGUAAAUGUUAUAUGUAAAAUGGUUUUACCGGCAAGCACCAAACUUCAUAAUGAUUCUUAGACCAACCUAUUAGCAAUACGUACCAUUUAGCGUUUUGAAAUAACAUUUAUUGUGCCCCGUAGAAGAUAUUUCAACCGGAGUUGGACGAUUGGGGAAAAAGACGAUUGGGGAAAGGGACGAUUGGGGAAAAAGACGAUUGGGGAAAGGGACGAUUGGGGAAAAAGACGAUUGGGGAAAAGUACGAUUGGGGAAACCGAAAAGUAUUCUUUUUCUUCCAUGCAAAUGUCGAAGUUAGGAUAAUCGAGGGUGCUCAUUUCGAAAAUGACAUUCAUUUUUUUGAUUCUUACUUUUUUCCUUAAGUAGUACUGUAAAGUAGUAAUUUUUUUAAAAUUUUCGAAAAAUACUGGAUUUAGGGGAUUUCAAAGGUGCUGGUUUCGAAAAUCAUGUUCAUUUUUCCUCUAGUACUAUAUAGUACUACUCUGACACUAUAUAGUACGAGGUCAAAAUAUGGCUUUUGACGUUAAUGGUGUUGUUUUGAUGCUUAGUACUCUUCAAAAACACGUUUUAAAGACUUGGUACUAUAUAGUACUGUCCGAUACUAUGUAGUACGAAGUAAAAAUAGGCGUACUAAGCACCAGAACAACACCACGAACGCCUAAAGGCCAACUUUACACCUCGUACUACAUAGUAUCAGGUAGUACUAUAUAGCACCAAGUCUUUAAAACGUGUUUUUGAAGAGUACUAAGCAUCAAAACAACACCAUUAACGUCAAAAGCCAUAUUUUGACCUCGUACUAUAUAGUGUCAGAGUAGUACUAUAUAGUACUAGAGGAAAAAUGAACAUGAUUUUCGAAACCAGCACCUUCGAAAUCCCCUAAAUCCAGUAUUUUUCGAAAAUUUUAAAAAAAUUAGUACUUAACAGUACUACUUAAGGAACACUAGUAAUGUUCAGAAAAAAUAAACCCGAUAUUCGAAAUCAGCACCCUCAAAAACCCCUAAAUCGAGUAUUUAUGAACAAAAAUCAAAAAUUACUACUUUACAGUACUACUUAAGAAAAAAAGUAAGAAUCAAAAAAAAAGAAUGUCAUUUUCGAAAUGAGCACCCUCGAUUAUCCUAAUUUCGACAUUUGCAUCGAAGAAAAAUAAUACUUUUCGGUUUCCCCAAUCGUACUUUUCCCCAAUCGUCUUUUUCCCCAAUCGUCCUUUUCCCCAAUCGUCUUUUUCCCCAAUCGUCCCAGUUCCAUUUCAACUGCUUAAGGGACAAAUUAACCGUUUAUAAUUUUUUGCCCUUAGGCAUUCUGCAAAAAAUGAAAAUGGUGCCUUGCACCAUUUUUCAAGGGUUUUCGAAUGGUGUAUAACACUUGCCAUUUGGUGAGGGUUCGUUUGUACACUUCCCUAGUUAGUUAGGAAGGGUUAUUCUAAAUCAGUGCUAAGUUUCGUCAACAUCUGGCGUCGCAUAAGAUUUUUUUCAGAGGUAGCAGAACGUAGUUCAUGAAUGUUAAAAUUAAAAAGAAACUGUUGAAUUUUGUACCCAACCUUAUUUAAUUUCUAGACGUUAGCUGACCAUCAUAUAUUUCUAAAAACAAUUCAACCCUAAACUUGAGCUAUUACUUCCCGUGUAAAACUUUAUUUUAUGAUUUAGACCACUCCUAAUCGACGUAGAGAACGAAAAAGGAUCAUCCAAAGUGAAGAAAUUCUUCCUGCACAAUGACUAUCGUCCUUCGGUGAGCUCUUUUUAUGGGGAAGUUAGAGCGUGCAGCUAGAUUGACUGCUUCUUUAGGCCCCUUGUAAUGACGUAGCCCUUCUGAUCCUCGAAAAUGGAGUCCCCACAUCGCGGAUUCCCAUUUAUUUUGGAUGUGGGAAACAAUGGAUCUCCGGGAAUUGCUCGGCUUAUGGUUUGGGGAUAACGGAAGGUAAUGCCCUCAGGGCAUGAACAUAUUUUUUAGAUGAGCGACUCUCCGAGAGUGUCCGGGAAGUCCAUUUCAAGGUUUUCGAUCCGCAGUCCGACUCUUUCCGAGAUGACACUUGCUGGGAGACAUUUUAUACGACGAGGGCCAAGCUCUGCCAAGUAAGGGAUUACAGUGUUGUGAGAAGGGAUUACUGUAAUCUGCAAGUUAUAAUCUACUCUAUUUGUCACCGAAUAUAAAUUUACAGGGAGAUUCUGGAGGCCCAGUAAUCUGCCGAAUGGAUGGAAAGUCGAUUGUUAUGGGAGUAAACAUCCAAGUGAUCAGCACUUAUUAUGGGGAAGAUAUCCUCACGCUCUGCAAGAUGUCUUAUGGAUCCAUUAUCUCCAAUUACCGAGCAAUUAGCGAGCUACUCACCCAGAUCCCCGUCUUUUAUCAACGAUUUAUUUUGAAUGAUAUCCGGACCUUGGAUUGCUGA